AUGAAUAACAUUACCAACGGCGCAACCCUAACGUCCAGAACUAUAUUGUUUGCGGGGGAGCUAUUGGUAUGUACAUCGAUGGUGACUGGAAUAACCAUACUUUUAUAUUUCUUACUAGCCAGACGUCCACGUGCAAUUCAGUUGGUGACCGGUGACGUUCGGUCAUUCGCUGUGUUCGUGGCGCCGUACGUAAUCAAUUUUAUGGUAUGUUGGCAUCUGCUGUUAGCAUUUGAAAAACUGAUAAUGUCCACACGGAUCGUAAAUUUCACGUCCCAAUACUAUGUAACAUCCAAAAUAACUUUGAAUUUCACCGCGUUCGCCAUCAAGCACCAUUUGUUUUGGACGCGGUCCAACUACUUCUACAAAUUAAUGUUGUUUGUCAGCCACUUGGUUCUGGUAGCCACGUCAGAAGCUAUGUGCUACGAAGAAUAUGAAAAAACGACAAUACAUGCAGCUAUGCUACUUUUGCUUUGCCUGACCGUACUUAUAUUGAUAGCGCCGGCAAAUACAUAUCAAAAGUUGGUGUUAACUGACGUUCUAACUUGGAAGCGAUGCUCACUAGUGUAUGGACUGGUGACAAGUGCUUGCCACAAUUGGCUGAAUUCUGGUAGCAGAGGAGCUGUCGACACGUUGCUACUGGUGCUAGUGGUACAUGUGCAGCUGGUGUUCCUGUGCAUCACCUACUUUUCAGAUGGCCAGCAAAUAUUGCGCAACAUCGUCGGCCUGGGCACGUACAACCCAAUGGCAGAUUCACUGGACAUAUAUUUCACUAUGGAUUCGAUAGUGUCGAGAACGGGCGCGUACAUCGACAACCACCAAAAAGGCUUGUUCAUACUAUGA